AUGGUGAGGCGCGACCGCGCCACCCGCCACACGUUCUAGGGUUUGCAGAACACGCAUGUAGCAUCCCAGCUCGCAUGGCUGGAACCAAGGCUGGAACCGUCCUCGAGCGCACGGUGCAGCAGCUGGCUGGUGGGAGGCCCAAGGAGGAGGUCAUUGUCGGCUGGAGCAACGCCGACACUGGCCACGGAGGUUGCGUCAGCAGGUCAGGCAGAGGUCCAAACCGGGCGCUGCUGCGCCUGCUGGUGGACAAGCACGCGCACCUGGUGGUGUACGUGGACGAGUACUACACCAGCCAGGUGUGCGCAAAGUGUGGACAGCGCUGCCUGCAAGUGGUGAUUCCGUUUGGUGGCUCGUGUGCCCGCGAUGUCCAAGUGUGCCAACACUGCGGAACUGUGUGGGGCCGCGAGGCAAAUUCUGCGACGAAUAUGCGGCACGCGCUGAUGGAGAUGCUGCUUGGCAGAGCGCGGCCUGCGGCCCUGCGCCGCGGUGGUGGUGGCGGCAGCCAUGGUGGUGGUGGAGGGCCUGGCCCCACCAGCAGCAGCAGCGGCAGCAGCAGCAGCAGCAGCGGCGGCGGCAGCAGCAGCGGCACAGGGCCUGGCGGCAGCGGCCCUGGGCCCAGCAGUUGCGGCGUGCGUGUGCGUAGCGGAGGGGGCGAGCAAGGCCACGUGGAGGAGUAGAGCGCGGCGCCGCCCAAGAAGCGGCGCCGGCGCGCAGGUUGAGGCCGGCCGGUGUCUAGUUAGGGUCUUUGCUGCCGAGCAUUGCACAGCACAGUAUGUGGUAGGCCGCACGCAGCAGUGAGGAGUGUUGUGGGUAGAGGAGUUCCUGCUGUUUGGUUGAUUGCUGGCUGUGCCGUUGCUUGAAAGCGGGACGUGGCUGGACACAGUAUGGCGGGCCGUGCCUUUGCGAACCGACCCCGGCUAUGUCCGGGAGAUGAGGUAGACGCUUGCGGCCUCAGACUGGAUACGUGGCUCAGCCCAAUUUCCCCAUGCGAGGGAAGAUAUCUUGUCUGUAAUUACGACACAAG